GAGUAGACAAAAAUGCCAGUCAGCAGAAAAUUAACAGUCUGGUUUUGAAAACUAGCCCCAAAGAUAAUCCGGAAAUCGGCAAAGCCUUAAUGGCAAUUCAAAAUUAUAAGCAUAAUUACGACAACACAGUAGAAUACACUCCAGACGGACACCGAGUUCGGGUGCUUAUCCCUUUGGAUUUAGACCCCGAAGAUUGUAAUUUAUGGUCUCCCUAUGAAAAAGAUAGUGGAUUGAGUUGG